GAGUUCCCAGUUGUCUUCAAAGCACCAAUAUUUAGACAACUGGAGAGAGACGUUUUUUGCCGAUAAACCCCACUGAAGAAGAAGGAGAAGACGUUUUUUGCCACUGCCAAUAAACAGCGCCGACGUGCACGCCUCAGUGUGAUGGAGGGAGAGGACCCAGAAGGAAAUCCCAGCACUGCCUCAUCCCACUCACUUCCUCCCCAAGCAGAGGCGGUAAGCCCAGCGGAUGAGGAUGAUUGUAUCACAACACGGGGGAACUCUGAAGAGACCGCUAAACACACAAACAGCAUGGGCCAGCCGAGUCAGGACCACCAGAGUGAAGGGGUCCCAGCUAAGACUGCUGCCACAGACAACAACCAGAGUCAGUCCGCCACCACCAUGGACAACCAAGUCCAGCAACAACCCACGGAAAGCCUGUCUAACACUAAACUCUGUGGGUACCUCCUUAAACAAGGAGGUCCCAUGAAGUCGUGGAAGUCGCGCUGGUUCACAUACGAGGAGAAGAAGAGCCAGUUGUUUUACUACAGGAUGGCGCAGGAUGUGACCUCUUUGGGGAAGAUUGAGCUGUGCAGCGCCACGUUUGGAUACCCCCUCCAAGGAGAGCAUGGCACCUUUCACAUCCAGACCCCCGAACGGACCUUCGUCCUCAAGGCAGAUAACCAGGAGGCCAUGAUGUACUGGCUACAACAGCUGCAGCUGAAGAGAUGGCAGCACCGAGACCAGCUAACAGGAGAAUCCACACGUCACUGCACUGACCACCAGAGACCAGAGGGACAGGGGGAAUUACCCACCAGCUGCCCAGAUUACUUCCUGCCAACGAUGAAGACCCCGCCAGGCCUCUUGGGCGAGGAGGCCGCCAAUCUGCCUGCGCCGGUACAACGGGCCCCCCUAAGCAACUUCUCCCUCAAACACCCUCUGAUAGAGAUUCAGAACUCAAUGCACAGUCUUUUUUACAAGCGGUCCUCCCAGGAACUGAGUCGGAGUGUGUUCCAUUUGGAGGCGCCUCCUCCCUGGACCCCACCAAAUCCCUCAAAGACCCCCUCCCAGACAGCCCAGGACAGGCUUGGCCCUAGGACUCCCGUUGACCCCCCGACCCCUACCACCCCGCUGCUGUUGGCGGACCACGCGGGCGAGUGCUCCCCUGGGGAGGGCAGGUUGUUCCCAUGCCCAUCCCCGAAGAGCAGAGGGAAGACGAGGGGCAGCUCUGCCACCAUGCCCACUGUGCUACGGGAAGCUGCUACAGACAAGACGACCCGCCUCCAGCAGGAGAAACACAUGCUGGCUGAGGAGGUCAAGGCUCAGAAGGAGCUGGUGUGGCUUCUCCACAAGGCCCUGGAGGCGGCUCAGCUAGAGAAGCGGACCUGCACCGAGUUCCUGGCAGCCGAGUGCGAGCAGGAGCGUCUGGAGCUGUUGAGGCACCGCGAGCGCCACGCCGCUGACCUGCAGUGUCGUCUGGAGGAGCUGAAGGCCAAGGAGGAGGGCCUGAGGAAGAGCUUGGCCCAAAGGGACGCCCACGUGGCCGAGCUGCAGGAAAACGUCACCCUGAUGAUGGCGAAGAACCACGCCAAACAGGAGGUGAUCCUGAAGCUGUCAGAGCAGGUGGCAGCCUGCAUGACCGACCCUAGACGCACCGUGUCCACCACCAAUGGCCUGGAGGUCCAGACCUUCCACCAGCUGCAGGAGGACACUGAGAACCUCAAGGAUGACAUUGAGGCCUACAAGAUCCAGAACAAGUUUCUGAACUCUGAGAUCUACCAGCUGACCAAGCUAUGGCGCAACAGUUCAGAGCAGGAGAAAAGCCUUAUGGUGAAGUGUGCCUACCUGGAGGCCCGUAACUGUCAGAUAGAGAGUCAUUACCUGGGUGUACUGAGGAAGCUGCAGGAGAGCAAGGCUCUAGAACCGGGCCAGCAUGAGGCUGUGAGGAACCUCAUAGAGGACGCACUACAGGGAGACCUGAACGACAUCCUCAAACUCAACCCUGUCAGGGAGCACGACGAGUACGGCUUCAAGAUCAUUCCGGACUACGAGGUGGAGGACAUGAAGCUGCUGGCCAAGAUCCAAGACCUGGAGAUCCGCUCCCACAAUCUGCUGAGGCAGGAGGCCGGGGUCAGACCCCUGUUGGACCGCUGGGCUCAGUAUCUGGGCGGCCGCCUGGCCGACGAUCUCUACCCCUCCCAGGAGCUCAAAUUCCUGCUGCGGUGUGGCGUGCCGCGGGAGUACCGCCCGCAGGUGUGGCGCUGGGUGGUGAGGGCCCGCACACGCUCGCUGAGGGAGCGCCACCCGGAUCGCUAUGAGCAGCUGUGCCAGAAGAGCCUUACGUCUCCCCACCAGGCCUCCAGACAGAUCCAGUUGGACCUGCACCGCACGCUAACCACCAAUCAGCGCUUUUCCUCACCCUCCAGCCCCGCCCUGCAGCAGCUACAACGAAUUCUGCUAGCCUUCUCCUGGCAAAACCCCACCAUCGGCUACUGUCAGGGCCUCAACAGGCUGGCAGCCAUAGCUCUCCUGGUGCUGGAGAGUGAGGAGGAUGCCUUCUGGUGUCUAGUAGCUGUGGUGGAGGUCAUCAUGCCCCACGACUACUACACCAAAACACUCAUAGCCUCGCAGGUGGACCAGCGUGUGCUGAAGGACUUCAUGGCGGAGAAAAUGCCCCGGCUGACUGCCCACUUUGAGGAGCAUAGUGUGGACGUGUCCCUCAUCACCUUCAACUGGUUCCUGGUGGUGUUCGUGGAGAGCCUGCCCAGCGACAUCCUCCUGCGGGUGUGGGACGCCUUCCUCUACGAGGGCACCAAGGUGAUAUUUCGGUAUGCCCUGGCUCUGUUCAAGUACAAAGAGGAGGAGAUCUUGAACAUUCAUGACAACGUGGAGAUCUACCAAUACCUGCGCUUCUUCACCAAGACCAUCUCUGAUGGCAGGAAGCUGACCAACAUUGCCUUCAGCGACAUGAACCCGUUCCCCAUGAAGCUGUUGAGGAACCGGCGUGCACUGCAUCUGGAGUGCCUGCAGGGGGAGCUCAGAGAGCUGGAGGCCCAGCAGAGGGAGUUUGUCACCGAGAGCGCCGAGCGUAAGGACAAGGACCUGGACACUAUACUGGUCAGCGAGGACGAUGAGGAGCUGUAGUUAGGGGACGGUCAGAGACUCUGGACAGAGGGGUGGAUCCUGUGGAACUAAUGGAUCUAAUGGAUUGGAGUUGUAGACUAUACAGCCAUCUGGUGAAGAAUGGCCCCGCUGGUACAGAUAUGACCCACCCAAAGCUCUGGUCCAAGAUCUAUUUCUUACUGUAUGUUAGUCUAUUUGUAAUGUAUUUUUAAAAGGUAAGUAGUACCGGAGUUGUGGUCAAGAACACUAUACCUGACCAACCACAUUCUCUCUAGAUCAUCUAAUAUAAUAGUUUACAUGCACUGCCAUAGGAAUGAAUGCAAAAGACACAAUUUACACAUAUUUGCACACUUCAUUUAACUACAGUAGGUAUUUCAUCGAUCAUAUGUCAUGUAGAUUUUUAUUUAACAUGUUUCACUCACUUGCCAAAAUGCACACUCCAGAUUUUGGGUUAAAGCAUAUUUUGUCCAAAUGCACGUUACUUGUGUAUUACUGCUUUGCAUUUAAUUUACUUUUCCUUUCAUUUGUGUGUAUCAUAUGUACCAUAACACAAUGUGAACUUCAUGUAGGUAUGUAUAAUGUAGCAGUGGAGGCUGCUGAGGGGAGAACGGCUAUAAAUAAUGUCCGGAACGGAACAAAUGGAAUGGCAAACACCU